AUGUAGUUUCCGAUACAAUAAGACAGAGCUUUGCGAACCUCAGUGCGGCAGAUAUCUACCCAAGCACCGCCCCAUCAAGUCCACUCCGUUAUAAAGUCCUUGUAGCUGCCAUAGCCUAAGCCAUGAUACAGGCUCGUACUGGUGACGAGACAACAGUGCUUUUCUUCGUCUCGAGCGAGCAGGCACCGGGUGAGAGGCUCGGUGUACCCAGGAUGUUCAGCCAGUCGUACUCAUCAGCUUGACGCUUUCCGAGUCAAUUUGAGAACUCCAAUGGACCGUUGCGGCAAUAGAGUUGCUCUGAACGCAAUAUUUCACGGUAUUGGAUCUAGUUCAUCUGCUCCACACCUACCCUGUCCACCAGCGACAGGCAAGGUCAGCCCUGCACGGAAAUACCUCUCUGAGGCCACUUCCGUCGCACUAUCAGGUAGAGGUGUGCCUCUGGGCCCCCUGAAAGAACCGUACGAGCGAGGGAGCGAGGGGAAAUCACGAUGCUGACCUCAGGGUGAGCGCGUAUGACCUGUUCGGGUGAGUUAAA